AUGAAACUAUCAAUCACCAUACUAUCAUCGAUCCUGGCUGUUUGCUCAGUCACGGUCGCCAAUCCAGUCGAUCCCAGUUCGACCAUGAGUGCUGAAGCUAGUGCUUCGACAGCUUCUCCUGACGUGGCUAUAGCUAGUGGGUCUGGUUUUACAAUUCCUUUAAAUCCGUAUAUGGCUGAUUGUCAUCCAAUUACGUUUGAAGGAAUACAGAUGAUCAGGAGCUAUGCGGAUAGUAAACAUGGCUUCGACAACGCAAAGAAACAGCGCAUCUUGAAAAAGCAGGAGAUUAUAAAUCAAAAAAAAAGGAUAAAGGGGCUAAAAGAACAACUCGACUAUUUGUUAGAUCAAGCUAAGGAUUCCCCUGGCUCUGAAGAUCUCGAUGAGGGUUUUCACAGUAUUUCAUCAAAGUAUGUUAGACGGCUUAGGGCUCUUGAAAAGGAGUUGAAGAAAUUCUCGAAAAAGCUUGAAGAGAUGCGAAAGGUAUUGGCUGUCUUGAAAUCGGAGCUUUAUGACUAUCUCGUGAAACAUGAUACGACAGGGUUGGUGGCUGCUGGUAGCACUGUAGACCUGAAGUCAAUUCCCGGAUUUGACAAAUGCUUCGACUAUUUCUACAAUCGCUCAUUACAGCGAUCGCCACAAUCUGGGCAUGGCUCUGCUAAAGCAAUCAGACUUUAA